GCAUGUGUAGCAUCCAGUUUUUGGCGCACCUGAUCAACCAGAGAGUGGCGCACCAGCACGUGGGUGUCGAGUUGUUAUUUCUUCUGUUGCAAAAUCCCACUGACCACAGCGUCGAGGUGGCCAUUGCUUUUCUAAAGGAAGUCGGCGCCUUUUUAACUGAGGAGUCCUCGAAAAUAAUGAAUGAAAUCUUUGAGAGACUUCGAGCCAUCUUGCACGAAGGCGAGAUUGAUAAGCGCGUUCAGUACAUGAUUGAAACGAUGUUCGCUAUUAGAAAAGACAAAUAUAAGGACCAUCCGACCAUCCCUGACGGGCUGGACCUUGUUGAAGAAGAGGAUCAGAUAACUCAUUUGUUGUCGCUCAACGAUGAGGACAUCGAUCCACAAGAUAUUUUAGAUGUAUUUAGUUACGACCCUUCUUACCUUGAAAACGAGGAACAGUACCGCAAAAUCAAAGCCGCUAUACUGGGCGAUGAGGGCACUACUGACGCAGAAGGGACAUCGGAGGGCGAAACUACGAGUGGAGAGGAGUCUCCGUCCUCGGUAACCGAGGAAGACCAAGACAAGAAUAAGGAGCAGAUUCUGGACAUGACGCAGAGCGAUCUUGUUCACCUUCGUAGAACCAUAUACCUCACGAUCAUGUCCUCGAAGGACUUUGAAGAAGUUAUACACAAGCUUUUAAAAAAUACCAUCCAACCGGGCAUGGAGGAGGAACUUGGCAACAUGAUCAUCGAGUGUUGCAGCAUGGAGCGCUCCUACCUUAAGUUUUAUGGCGCUAUGGCCCAGCGCCUGUGCGAGCUCAGUCAGGUUUACCAGAAGACCUUCGAGAAGGCCUUUGAGUAUCAGUACCUGAUGAUCCACCACUUGGAGAACAACAAGCUGCGCAACGUCACGAAGCUCUGUGCUCACCUUCUCCAUUCCGAUGCUAUACCAUGGACGGUUCUUGAGUGUAUUCACCUGAAUGAGGAAGAAACCACACCGAGCAGUCGCAUCUUCAUAAAGAUCCUGUUUCAGGAACUAGCCGAGCACAUGGGCCUCGUCUGCCUGAAUGACCGCCUGAACGAUCCUUUUUUAAAGCCGUACUUUGCCGAAAUAUUUCCCCAAGACCAUCCACGCAAGACCAAGUUUGCCAAUCUUUUUUUCUCAUCCAUUGGCCUUGGCUGGUUGACAGAGGGGCUGCGUGAAUUCCUGAAGGCGGCUCCUUUGAAGAUAAUGGAACAGAGGCAGUCUAGCCUCUCUGACUCGACAAGCAGUUCUUCUUCUUCGGGCUCUUCCAGCUCUUCUGACUCAAGCUCGGGUGCCGACUCGGAUUCGGAUUCGGAUUCCACAGCUUCCACUUCGUCUUCCGCUUCCACUGCGAGCUCGAGCUCCACCAGUUCCGAUGCACAGGAAGUCUCAUCUUCGCCCGACUCAGAUACCAAGACCCAGCGAAGCCGCGGCUGCAGAGGCUCGACCACGGGGCGCCCAAGGAAAUAUAGUCCUCUUUAUUCUAAAGACACUAAAAACAAAUAUCGAAGCCCCGAGCGCCCGAAACGUAGUGAGAGAAUCAUAAAUGCGACCUUAACUAGCAGGGAAAGACCUAAGGAGUCAUCUCUAAGUAAAUAUAGGAUUAAUCGUAAAAAUUCAAAUGAUAACAGUAGAUUCGAAAAGUUUUCGAAACCUACAAGUGAGAGAUAUCGCCGAUCUACUCGGAAAGACACUUAACGAUCAUAUACCCUCCGCCCCAUAAUCAAAAUAACUAUGAUAACAAGUUGCUUUGGCCUUCCUCUUG